AGUUGCUCCAUCACCAGGAACAGGGUAGAAUGUAAACAUUAUCCACUUGAUUUUCCGCCCUCAUGUCACCAAGAACUCUCAACAAAAAAAAUAUUUAGCAGGAGAGAAAUGCUUCUCUCACUCAUCUCACCAGUCCUUCAAAACCCGUCAUCUUCACUCAUCAUCAAAUCUCAUCUUACAACUCAAUCUUCUCCAAUUCACACUCAACUAUCUUCAUCUUCUCCAUCAUUACCAUCACCUUCACCAAAAACCCUUUCACUGAUACCUAACACCAACAAUAGCAUUAAUAAUAACCCAAUAGUCCCAGAUCCUUCGUUGAAUUGUGCACUUCAGUGUCAGCACUUUGAUUCGUGUUCUGGGUGCACCCACGAAUGGAAUCUUCAUAGUCCUAACAUACUUGAAGAUGCUAAUGCUUUCUUUAGAAAUCUUGGUGUUUCAAAUUUUACGUUUGAUAGUUGUAGAUUGUGGGGUUGGAGAUGUCGUGCAAAAUUAGCUGUUAGAGGUUCUUCAGUUAAACCUUUGAUUGGUCUGUAUCAAGAGGGUACUCAUAAUGUUGUAGAUAUUCCUUCCUGCCAAGCUCAUCAUCCGAGCAUCAAUGCAGCUGUUGAGCUUCUUAAACAAGGAAUGGCUAAGCUGGAUGUGGUGCCAUAUGAUGAAGACGAGGUGACUGGGGAGCUUCGAUAUGUACAGAUGGCUGUCACUAUGCAUAACACAUCCCUUCCAGCGACUGAGAGAUACCGCAGCGGUAAAGUACAGGUUUCCUUGGUUUGGAAUUCAAGAAAUGAGACUUCAUACGGUGCAGACAAGUUGAAUGCUUUGGCCACUUUCUUAUGGCGAAAUGGUGGGCCCAGUAGCAAUCUUAAUCUCAUACACUCUGUUUGGGUUAACUUCCAGACAUCGACUAACAAUAUAAUUUUUGGAAAUCGGUGGAGACAUCUAUUAGGGGAAAUAGAUUUUUGGGAACGUGUUGGGGGCAUCGACAUAUCCUUGGCUCCGUCCAGUUUUGGUCAAGCUAAUACAAGGGCGUUUGAUUCUUUGCUCCAAAGAUUGCACAAGUAUGUCCCUUAUGGUGCUUCAGUUGCUGAUAUGUAUGCAGGAGCAGGUGUCAUUGGAUUAUCAUUGGCUGUUGCUAAGAAAUGCAGGUCUGUUAAGUGCAUUGAAAUUAACAAAGAGUCGAAGCUAUCUUUUGAGAAGACAGUCAGCCGCUUGCCAAAACAUCUAGAUAGCAACAUUAGCUGGCACCAUGCAGACACUUCAAUUGAUCCUCUCUCUUGGCUCGAGGGAUCAGAUGUAGUUGUUGUUGAUCCUCCUAGGAAAGGGUUGGACCCAACCCUGGUUGAAACGCUACGGAACUUAUUUCAUUAUGAACGCAAGGCAAAGUCCCCUGUGAGGUCUGUUUUGAAGGAAAAAGAUGAAAAGCGACCAUGGAUUUUACGUGCGAAGGAGUCAUCAGUGGAGAUAGAAGGCAAAACAAUAUGGGAGAAAAGUCAAUCACUUCCGGAAACUCUUAUUUAUAUAAGCUGUGGAUGGGAGAGCUUUAAGGAGGAUUGCAGAUCGUUGUUGUCUAGUAAAGGGUGGCAUUUGGAGAAAGCCCAUGGCUUCAAUUUCUUUCCUGGAACUAACAGCAUCGAAAUCUUGGCAGUGUUCAAACGGACAGCAGGGGAUGGAGUUAAGAAAAAGAAAACAGGAAAGAAAAAGAAGAAGAAAUCACAGUCAGGAGUUGUCCACUCAGAGAUGUAAUGUAAAAGAAGAUAUUCGAAACAGAAGCGCCAUUUUUCAUCUCUCCGCGACAAAAAUGAACUGGUCGUUUUGUACUGCAUACACAGAAAUAGCUAUAAAGAUUCAAAUUCUACACGUACUGUUUUCUCUGUUUUGAAACUUGUAAGGUGUGACUGAAUGAAAAGCUAAUGACAAAAUAUAACGGAAGAACAAAAGAGGAACCAUGUUCUAUUAAAUAAAAGUGUUGCUGGUCUGUUGCUUUGAA